UGGGUGAUGUACUCUUGUUUCGGCGAGUUUUGAGUUCCUUCUUUAGUGGCAGCUGGGGUGCUCUUCCCUUCUCCUUGUUUUGCCAGUGCUGCUUGUGUGAUCGGAGUCUCCUUUGAGACUGUCUUCUCCAAUUUUGUCUGGCUGUUUUGGAGUAGCGAUAAGUACGGGGGAUCUAAGUACCCUACUGCUUCUACGGAAGACUGUCCCGUAUUCCUCUUCUUGUCCAUCUUUGUUCUGUUGUUCUUUUUGUUGGGGUUUUUGUUGUUGUUGGGGUGUGUUCAUUUUAUUCUAUUGGGUCUCCGCUUCAAGCCGCUAUCUCCGCACGUUGUAACAGUCGCCCUUAAAGAACCCCGUGGUUAUCUAUGCAAGCAGGGAGGCCACGCGAGGGUUGACACAAGUCCUUAUGGGAGACUGUGUUCAGAGCCAGGUUCGGGCACGAAUCAGGAGCUCGUCUCAACUGAACCUGUACGGCCAAAGAAAUUUUGGCGACGUGCAUUGAACGUACUUGAAGACCUGCCAUGGUUUUAACGAGACGGAGGUGAGAGCAGUAUUAGCCUGCCAGCCAUUUCGAUAAGAUGUCACUCCUAUCUACUGAGGUGGCAGAAUACUGUCCUCCCCAGCCCUUUGUCAAUCUGAUCCGAAUCGGUUUUCCAGUACACCAUAAUCAGAAUUUUACUGGUCUCCAUUCUGAUGGGCUUUUGCCCAGAGUUUUUUCGUCGUCUUCUGUUCCCUCGUUGCUUUGUUGCCUCCCUCUCUUGGGUAGGGUCUCCCUCGGUGCAACCCCGGUGGGGGUUGUGGACGCUUAUUUUAAGGCGGCAUCUUCUCGCCUCUUCGCGGGAGGUUCAUUGGGCGCGUGAGGCGUUUUGAGCCAAGCCCUCCUCUCCUGCAGCUCUUGGUCGGGGGCUGCGUAUUACUAUUCGCAGCUAACCUACUUAACGUAGGCCGUCCACUAUCCGCCAGCUGUGACCCCGGUAGUAGCCUGAGCUCAGCCUUACCCAAGUUUACAGUUGUUGUUAGCACAUAAAUGACGUCCACAACGAGUGCAAAAAGGAAUUUUUACAAUAUAGAUUUCUUACUUAAAAAACUUGCAAAAAAAAGUAAGAUAAGUAGAAUGUUUGCAGUUUAAUUUAAUUAACUGAAGUGAAAUAUGUGCAUAUAGUGUGUUAAAUGUAAUGUAGCCUGUUUGAAAUGUUGCGAUUUUUGAACUUUAAACUCGAAUAUCUACUUAAUAUCUAAACCAAGCGUUUGCGGUAUUUUUUUAAUCGGUAUAUUUUUGAAUCUGGACAAUUUUGCCAAAAACUUAGUUGCCUUCAUUUUUAUAGCACAGCACUGCAUUUUUGGCAAUUACUACUCCUAUAGUUUUUCACCUGGCAAAACUCCAAACAGAGCAUACUUUUUCGUUAUUCUGCUAUGUCUCUGUUACGGUUCCCGUCAAAGGGAGAACGGUAGCAAUAGCAAAAUGAAAUACUACGGGAGUAGCGUAUCUUUUCAAACGCUAUUAAGCACUUACGACACAAUUAAGACAGUUGUUGACACUAAAGAAGGAACGACGACCUAUUUUUGUAACGUUAGUGAUGAAAAUUAUUUAGUAGCUUUUAAUGAAUUUUACAUCGUUUUCUUUUAAUUAAUCAUGAAAACCACGGAAUGUACAUUUUCAUUUUCACAAUUUCUCUAAUUUUCUAUCGUUAUAAACAAUUUACUAAUUUGGUCUUAUUUCAAUUGUAUUGGGUAGUCGAAAAAGUCUUUUGGUUGCAGUCGUAUGUUUCCACCGCCACCAAUCUUAGAUUGAGAUUUUAAGCUUCAUUUAAGAUAAUAAAGAAAUUAAAUUCAGGGAAGUUGGAAAAAGUUUACAGUUGUUCAAAAAUGAGUGAAAAUAAUGAAGAAAUGCGCUAUAUUCUGAAGUUUUUGUUUAAAAAUUGGGAAGAAUGCCACGAAUUAAGGAACACAUCGAUCACCCAAAAUUCUUAUCAACUAAACAGACGAAUAUAUAUAAAUAUCAAAUAUCAAUAGGUAAACAUGCUUAUCACCUCAACAAACAUCACUAUCGGUUAGACGAACCACAGCGGCUCAUCGGCUAAUCUUUAUCAGAAAAAUAGUAAAAACAUCUUUAUCAGGAAAACAAUAGAAACAUCCUUAUCAAGAAUGCAGCAGUACAUCCCUAAACUAAAUACAAAUCUUGCAGCCAUCACGAUUAAUUUAUCAUUCUGUCGCGUAUUAAAGUUCGUAGUUAUCGGUUUUUGUUUCAAAAUUUCAGUUGAUUGUUUUCUACUUUAUGGUUUGACAGAUAAUUAUAAAUCUGCUGAGUUUGAAACGAAAAUUGAAAAAAAAAAUUAUUGAAUCAUCAAUUUAGUUACAUUAUUAAAAAAGCUCCGUUAUCACUCGGUUCCUAUGGAACUACCAACAAAAGUGUUUAAAUGAGUUAAGCAUCCACCCCCUCUACUCGGUAAAACUGGCGCAUUCUAAUGCUACAUCGCCAUUCACUACAGCUGAUGACACUACAGCAUAACUCACCACACCAGCAAACCCACUUAACAAAAGGCCGCCCAGCCACAAUCGUUUUAUACAUUCGUUCGAUACUGCGCCGCGUCGACACCUUUCCACACGAUUUUGUUCCUCACAUUUCCACGCAUCAACUUUCAUCUACAAGAUUUUCGCUGAGACACUGCACCGCGUCAACACCUCUACUCUACCGCGAGUAAACCUCUCGACCUCCAUCCAUAAAAACUCGAUCACCAGCUCCAGCAGGUCGGAAUAGGAUCCUCGUUUGUCGACACCUAUUUUAAUAAAAUUAAAUUGUAUAACAUUUAUAAAUUUAAAAAUUAUAAUUCCAUCAAAUUAAUCAAAUUGUGAAAAUAAAAACAAAAUUUGUUUUUAUCAAACAUAAAUUUUGUGUAUUUAUAUUCAUGGUCCUUCGAGCCUUACCGAAAGGCACCUUCGGUUUUUUAUAAGGCAAAAAAGAAAACAAAAUUUAAUAUUUAAAUAAAUUAAAACUAAAUUGUGGUGCAGUGAUAUGAAGUGCAGAAACGAAAAAAAAAUAUAAAAGUGCAGUGACCCAGUCAAAAAACAAUAAACAACAUCCGCAUAUUAUAUGUACACGAAACAUAAAUUUAGCAGUGCAGUGACACAAAAAAUAAACCACAUACAUAUGUAUACACAUAUAUAAAUUUAUACCUAAUGAUACAUAUUUACGCACAUAACAAAAAAUGUGGUGAUGAGAAAACAAAACACAAACUUAAAAAAGUGCAUUAAAACAGUGCGGUAAACAAAACAAAUUAAAACAUAUUUAAGUAUAUGUAAUACAAAAAUUACAAAAAAGUUGAAGUGACAAACACAAAAACAAAUUACAAAGAAAAUCAAAACAAAAACCAAAUAAAACAUAAAUCGGGCGCGAAAAGCACCUAAACAACAAAGCAUAAAAACGGAUCAAACGGGCGCGAAUAAUUAAAACAAAUAUAGAUACAACAAAACAACAGCAGAAGGAGGCAGCCAGCUGGAGCAAAGAAGGAGGAACAAAACGCAUUAGCCCGAAAUAUGUACAUAUGCCCAGCAAACCAUAUCAUACCAAAACCGAAGUGAGCGUAUUCAGUUCAGUUAAUAUACUUAUGUAAUUUUUCUUGGUUUAUGUACAUAUGUACAUGUACAAUUCUAAAACGCUAUUUUAAUACGGUUAAUAAAGAUUUCGGAUUGGAUGAUAAUAAGCCGGCAUUAUACAUAUUAACAAAUUAAAAACUUAUUGCGUAUUUAUACUUGGCUUUGUGUAUUUAAAUACACUUUCCUAACCAGCACUAGAUAGUUCAAGUAUUUACCUGCAAGAAUUUAACAACAAAAAAACUGCAGUAAGCAGGGUAAAGAAAUAAGCAAGAGACAAUUUAAUAACACAACUAGCAUUAUCGACAAAAAAAAACUAAAUACAAACAUACAUACAUAUAUGCUUAAUGUAAUGUAUAUUCAAAGCAAAAUAUAUAUUAAAAAAAUAACAUCUCAUAUAAAUAUAAUACGAUAGUAAGAAAGAAAAAAAUCAAAAAUGAUGAAAGUUGAUAACAAUCAAAAUACACCUGCAGGAGCUACACGCUCAAAUCAGGUUGCUAAAUUCAUUUCACAAAGUGACAGUUUAAUAAGAUACUGCACUAGAUUUGCCUCUUUACCGAUUCACGAACACUCGGAAUCGUUAUUAGAAGUAAAAGGUCAAAAUCUUAAAAAAUUUUGGACUCGCCUCCAAACGGCUCAUGACGCCAUUGUAGAUUCUGACGAUUCAGAUCUGCCACAAAAUUUUAAAUUAUCUGCUUACGCCAUAUACGAAAACUGCUUAGACCAGUUCGAAGAAACAAAAGCUAUGAUCUCCGAUCAAAUAAAGCUCAUUAAAGCAAUUGCACCUACUCCCCACAGUAGAGUAGAGCUGCCACAAAUAGACAACCAAGAGGCAAGAUCAGGCAUCCAACUCGAGGUGCCUGCAUGUGAUGCAGAAACCUUUUACGGAGGUUAUGAAGAAUGGCCGUCCUUCCGGGACAUGUUCACAGCCGUUUACAUCAACCAUCCACAACUAUCAAAGGCACAAAAACUGUAUCACCUCCGAUACAAAACAAAAGGUCAAGCAGGCGAAAUAGUUAAACAGUUUGCAUUAAAUGACGACAAUUUCAAUUUGGCUUGGGAAACUCUAAAAGCUAGAUUUGAAAACGAAAGAAUACUGGUCGAUAAGCAAGUAACGACACUAUUAAACUUGCCUAAAAUUAAGAAAGAAACAAGUGUAGAAUUCAUUAAACUAGAAUCCACUGUUUCUAAUUGUUUGUCGGUUCUAUCGACACUUAAUAUCCCCACGGACAGCUGGGACCCAAUUCUGGUAAACAGUUGCACCGCCGCAUUACCAGACAAGUCGUUACUUCUAUGGGAGCAAUCGCUCUCAUCACGAAGAAAGUGCCCAACGUGGCAACAAAUGAAAGAUUUUCUCACCACGCAAUAUGAAAUUGCGGAAAGGUUAGAAGAAAAAAUAAUCAAAACUAAGAAAAUUAAACACGACCAAAAUAGAAGCUUAAAUAGACCCCAAGCUAGAAGCAAAAACAAAUCAAACAUAAUUUUUAACAAAAUACAAUCGUUCACAUCCGAACAAAGAAUACAUACGUCAUGCGAACUAUGCACAAGUGGGCACAAGCUAAAAUCUUGCGAAAAGUUUAAAAAACUUAAUAUAAACGAAAGGAACAACUUUGUCAGAUCAAAAAGACUGUACAAACUGCGUGUCCCAUACACAUAAUCUUAAAAAUUGCAAAAGUAAAUUUAACUGCUUAUAUUGUCAUAAAAGACAUCAUACAAUGCUUCAUUACAGCAGAUAUCCAAUCUCACCCCAAAGAAGCGCAUUUAUAAAACAAACCAAGAGUUUAAUUGCAAAAGCAAAUCCGGAAACUGAAAAUACUAAAAAUUGUCAACAGUCACCAUGCUGCUCAAAGGCACAAAAAUCUCAAACGCUGCACAGUGAAACACAAAGUGGACUAGUUACAAAACUAGUUACCACCACACUAACUCAAGUUGAGAAAAAAUCAAACAAAUGCCUUAAUUCACAAUUAAGGAAAGUUCAAGAGAUAGGGAAACUUCCCCGAAUAUUAAAUAAAACUCCACAAGAUCAGUAUUGUAAGCGCUACUCGAGAGCCACAACUACUCGAUCAAAUAAUGGCCGGUACAUUGUACGACUACCACUAGAGCCACAAUAUUCCAACACUCCACAAAUUGGUAUAAAAAAUAAAGUUAGAGUUACCUCUGACAGUCCCUAUAUUAAAAGGACAUACAAAUUUUCGGCCCCGCAGGAUGGCUUUCGCCAAUAAUGGAAAAACAAAAAAAAAAAAUCUGAACAAAUCCUAGAGCGAUGGCGUACUACUACUUGUCAAAUUAAUACGCACUUAAAUAUUAUAUAUACCAAAUUUUUCAAAAAGUCGAAAAAUCUACACAUUAAAUACAAUGAUGCCCCAUUGAGGCACAAAUUUUCAAAUAUAAAAAAAAUCAAAAAGGAAAUUAACGGAUUACAAUACUCCCAAUGCGAUACAUUAACGCACCUACGCUUACAAAGCUAAGGUCGCUUUUAUCGGAUCUAUCCAAGCGCUCCUCAUAUAAGUGAGUUAUGGCGAUCAGCUGUACAAAGCUUCAAAUUAAGUAUACAAAAGUAUCUACUCCACGAAUCGAAGCCGUUCGCAAUUACCGGCCACUCUCUCGCAAGAUCCAUCUAUUGUCACAGCCCUAACUCCAGGGCUAAGGAGUACCCAUUCUGGCCAUAUCUAAGCCAGGCGUGGAGUUACUAUCCUUCAUAAGCCGAGAAUAAAUAAAGUCCAAACAUUGCCGAUAAUACAGAAAAGGCAUAUAAUAAACUACCGGUGUGCCAAACCGAUAAAUAAUAAAUUAUAAAUAACAGCAAAUAAAAUUAAUAAAAGCAAAGAACUUUGUUGGUAUAAUAAUUCAAAAAGUCGUCAAAGUACGCAAAAUCAGUUAUUACCUCAAGCACCACUAUUUACACCAAAUACAAUUGGCUAUUAAAACCAAAAUCGCUUCUUACAGCUAAUAUUCUGCGGUCUCGGUUACUCCACCAACAGUAAGCCGAAUUACAUGCAUCAGAUUAUACAGGGUAGGCCAUUUAAAGUUGACCCAUCUGGCAACGCUGUAACUUUUAACAGCGCUGACAAAUCGGCUAAUGUCAUACCGCGUUAGAAGCGUCAUUCGAAGACAAUUUAUACCAUGGAACAGUACACUCCAAAAGAACGCGCUGAAAUUGUUCAGCUUUAUAUUCAAAAUAACUUUUCAAUUGUGUUAACUCAACGAAAACUCAUCAUAUCAGACGAGGCACAUUUCUCGUUGAAUGGAGGCGUAAACAAGCAAAAUUGCCGAUUUUAUGCCACCGAAAAUCCUCAAUUAAUUGAAGAACAGCCUCUUUACGACCAAAAAGUAACAGUUUGGUGCGGUGUUUGCGCGAAUAUGAUCAUCGGACCGUAUUUUUUCGAAGACGAUGAUGGAGCCACGACAACAGUCAAUGGUGAGCGUUAUCGAGCCAUGAUAACGGAUUUUGUGAUACCCAUUAUUCGCGAAAAUGACAUGGAUAACUUCUGGUUUCAACAGGACGGGGCUACAUGCCAUACAGCUCGACCAACAAUCAAUUUAUUGCGACCAUUUUUCCCCGGGCGAUUGAUAUCGAAAAAUGGUGAUGUUGACUGGCCACCGAGAUCACCAGAUUUGACGCCACCAGACUUUUAUUUGUGGGGUUAUUUGAAAUCCAAGGUAUACGCUAAUAAGCCAAAGACCUUAGCUCAACUGAAAGCCAACAUUCGACGUGAAACAGCCGCCAUAUCAUCCGAAACAUUGGCCAAAGUCAUGGAAAAUGUCGAAAAAAGAGUGCAUUUAGCUGUCAAAGCUAAAGGUGCCCAUUUACGCGAUCUAAUUUUUAAAUAUUAGCUGAAACAAAUCCCCUUGGACCAAAAUAAAUUAUUUUUGAAAUGAACAAAAAACAUUGUUUUCUUUUGUUCUUUUUUUUUAGAAACAAAUGGGUCAACUUUAAAUGGCCUACCCGUAUAUAUAAAACUAGGCAAAAUAUUCGCCUAGGGGGCCCAGGAUGUUUAAAUGAGUUUAGCAUCCACCCCCUCUACUCGGUAAAACUGGCGCAUUCUAAUGCUACAGGCAGAGUUAUCAAAAAUUCAGUGCGCUAUUGUUUACAGUAAUUUUAAAUUUGCAUCUCGACCAAAAACUUACGACUAUGACUUCUUAAUCAAAGUGGUUCAACAAUUGGUUCAAAUGAAGAAUAUUUAGAAAAAUAAUAAAGCGAUUUUUGAUGAUUAAUACAAUUCGGAUACUAUCUAAUCCGGACAACGCGGUAAUCCGGACACUAAAUUGCUUUCCAUUAUUGACUGUAUAAUCCGGCACUCAGGUAUUUGAUUUUCCUCAUAAAUUCGAACACUUAUUUAUUCUCUUUCUUUUCCGACUGUUAUUUUCCGUUAAUUCCCCAUUUUGGAUUAGAAUUUAUGUUUUCAUAGGUAAAGAAAGGAUUUUUUAUGAAAACAGGGUCCUUUAUCUUUUUUACAUAUGAAGUACAUACUACCAGCUAACCUUGAAAAUUCAUGAUUAUUUUUUAAGGCAACUUUCCCUUGAAAACCAGUAUUUUAAAAAUCAUAAAAACAUUAUGGCUAAUCCAGUGAUUUUGGAAUGUAAUGCUGCCAUUAAUGAUGUGAUUUUUUAUUUCAUAGAUCUGUGAACAAAAUAAAUAAUGAUUUUCAACAAUUUUGACAUACAUACAUAGAGCUCUCGAUUAGCGGUGUUAUUUCCAUGUUUGAAUCAUUCAGAUCGCUCACGGUCUGAAUGAAAAACUCGCAGGUCAUCUGCCUUUAUCUUUGCUGCUUCAUGGUCCCUUUCACUGUUGCAGUUUGUUCUGAGCAUACUCUUGCUUAAUUUAGUUAAACUGUAUAACAUACCUUUUUUUAAUUACCGCUAUUACAAAAUUCUAGGCGCUUUUGUUCCUUGACGUGUUUAGUUAUAAUAUAAGAAUAUUUUAAUAUAUUGAAUUUCACUCGCUUUCGCCUCAACUGCAAUGCGAAUGCACAUACGAUGCCUGAGCAUUAGUUUUCUCUACGCUUUCGUACGGAAACAUUCACACCAAUUCACCAUACAGCUAUGGUUUAAAAUAACGGGAACAGCAACGUUCAUAUUGAUAUGCAUAUAUACUAUGUUGGAAAAAAAAAUAUAUAAAUUGUGGAAUUGUUUCGAUCACUUUAUAAAAUUUAGUUUGCUCCGCUUCUUUCGCCUCAACUGCAAUGCGAAUGCACAUAUGAUGCUUCAGCAUUAUAGGCCCAUACACGACACACAUGCGCGUUCGAUCUGUGUGCAUUCGUUUCGCCCAUACACGACACGCAAAUCCAUUUUGCGUUCGUUCUUCACACAGUGAACAUGUGCGACAGGCAAGCGGAACAUUUCUCCGAAUUUAUUUCUAAUGUAGCACUUUUAUCGAUUUCUUUGUAUUUCGUUAAUAAGUUAUUCCAACUUUUAUUUUUCUCAAUUUUAUUUUUUGUAUUUAUCACUUUUCGUUUGCCAAAUUGCCAAUUCAUUUUUUAUAAGAUCAAUAAAUUCUGAUACGAAAUCUUUAUUAAGGGGCCUGCUUUAGAAACUUUAAACAAUAGAUUUUUUUUUGCUUAAAUCUCUUUAAAAAUUAUCUAACAAUAUUUCAUCACAGUUAUAAGUUGGAAUUCGAAAUAUUGUCGAAGCUAGAAGGGAAAUAGUGACCAAGCGUCUAACAGAUAUAUGAGCGCUUGGGCAAAAAGCGAAUACUUUGAAGCGCGAUUUCUCGGUUUUUUCAUUUUUACGAUUAUUCUUAAUUGGCGGGCAGGAUAGAAAAAAACAAAACGUCGUAUGGAAUUAGGGCAAAGUUUAUUAACAUUGGCAUAAAAUUAUCUUCUAUUUAAACUAAAAAAAUUAAGAAAAGUCAAGUUGGAAGAUAUUUUUAAACAACAUAAAUUACAAUUUUUUUUGGUCAAAAACCACUUUUUCAAAUUUUCAAAAAAUUCAAAAAUGUUACUCUUUUAAUUUUGAAUUUUCUUAGUUUAACUAGAAGAUAAAUUAUUAAAAAAUAUUAAUCUCUUUGAAUUUUUUGUUUCCGAUAGAAAUUGCGACCUGCAUCCUGCCCGCCGUCCGAAAAAUGCACAUGCGAGACACAUCAGGCAAUUGCUUUCCAAAGGCAGAAUAUCAAAAAUUUCGUAUCCAAAAAAUUUGUGAAAGAUAUUCAAAUAUAUAACAAUAAAGCCUAGAAAUUUUGAUUUAAUCACUUAUUUUUUCCCUCUCCAAAAAAUCCUCAAAAAAAUCGAUUUUUUUAAGCCUCUAAAGCAAGCUCCCCCCUUAACACCAUUGUUCGGCCGCGAUCUUCACUGUUCGGCGAUACGAGAGAAAUGAAAUUUUGUGCGCACACAACGCCAUACACAAAAAAUCAAACAUUUUCGGGAACAUGGAUCGGUACGCGCACAAUCCCAAACACGAGUAAACCGCAUGCGCACACAUACCGAUCGAACGCACUUGUGUGUCGUGUAUGGGUACUUUUACUUUUCGCUACGCUUUCGUACGGAUACGUUCACACCAAUUCACCUUACAGCUAUGGUUUAAAAUAACGGGAACAGCGACGUUCAUAUUUAAAUACAUGUAAAAAUGUUGGAAAAAAUACUUAUGUAUAUAUAAAUUGUGGAAUUAUUUCGAUCUUACGGUUGUUGUACAAAAUUAAGCCAAUUGUAUGUAUAUGUAGGUUUAUAUUUAAAAUCACAAAGGUUUAUUUUAAAUAUAAAUUAAGUUUAUUUGAAAUUACUAAAAUAUUUUAAAUUACGCUAAAAUACGUCACCAAGCUUUUGUACUUUAUAACGUCCGUGUGAUAACUUUUCGAUGAUUUUGUACGGUCCAAAGUAUUUUCUUUUCAAUUUCAGAUUUGGUCCAAAUUGAGUACGUUUUAUAGCUACUAGAUCAUUCACUUUAUAAUUUCGAUUUUCUUUGCGUUUUCGGUUAUAAUUUCUACGAUAUUCUUCUUGAAUAGCCGAAAUGUUAUGUUUGGCUAUGUGUCGUGCUUCGUUUCGAUCUAUCUCGAACGAUUCACUAGCUUCCGUUUCCAUAAUUUCAUCUAAUCGUGGUAAAUCCGAAAGUCUCAUGUCACAUCCGGUUAACAAUUUGAAUGGUGCUAUCUUUGUGCUUCUCGGAGGAGAGUUAUUUAUGUAUUGUUGGACUUUGCCAAUAAAUUUAUACCACUGAUCUGGAUUAUCUUUCGAAAGCUUUGAUAACAUGGGAAUUAUUAUCUUAUGUAUACGCUCCACUUGGCCAUUUCCCCUUGGUACUCCAGUAGUAAUAAGUAAAUGCUGAAUAUGAUUUUUUGUGCAAUAAUCCUCAAAAGCGUGCGAUGUAAAUGCUGAACCUCUAUCUGUAAGGAUUCUUCUUGGAUUGCCAAACGUGGUUUCUUGCUUCGUUAAUCGAUCGAUCACUGCAUCAGUGCCCGUAUCUUUUGGAGGAUAGAGCCACACAAAUUUCGAAAAUGCAUCCACAACUACAAAUAUAUAAUUAUACUGCUUUCGUGUCGCUGUGAGAGGACCAACAUGAUCUAUAUGGAAUGUCAACAAAGGCUUAUCCUCUUUAUCAAUGGGUGCUAAAAAGCCAUCUUUUUUACCACAUUUCGAAUUGACGACAAUGCAGGCAAUGCAACUGUUUACAAUUUCUGUAACUUUCUUUUCUAGUUGAGGAAUGUAAAAAUCCUUCUCUAAGCAGUCCUUUGUUUUCUUCACUGUAAAAUGUCCUUGACGAUGUGCAAUCUCAAUUAUCUCUUUCUCCAUCCGUGAUGGCACCACAAUCAGUUGUAAAUCUGGGUCUUUAUACAGUAUAUCGUUAUGGAUGUAAAAAUUUAGCUCGUAGCUCUUUUCUUCCAAAAACUUUCGAACCACUUUUGUUCACAUAUCUCUCAUUUGCGCCUCUUUAAGUCGAUGUCUUAAUGAAUCCUCCAUCAUUAAACAAGAAAUUCUGCUAAGAGCGUCUACAUGUACCGUCUGUGUCCCUCGUCUGUGCUUAAUAAGGUAAUCAUAUUCCUGCACGUAAAGGUACGUCUCUUUUUUGUAAAGUCAUCGUAAAAGCGUUACAGUCUGUUCUGCAGGUGUUGUUUUGCGGCUCAUGAAUUGAACUGGAUGAAACUGUUGAUAUUCUGAGUUCUUUUGGAGAAGAAUUGCUCCGUAUCCGUACAUUGAUGCGUCUGUAUGAAUCUCUGCUUUAGAAUUAAAUAGUCCAAGAACUGGUGUCUGAAUAAGAGCUGUCUUCAGUUGUUUGAACGAAAUUAAGUGUUCGUCACACAUUUUAAACUCUGCGUCUUUCUUCAUUAAGUCUGAUAAAGAUUUUGCGAUUAAUGCAAAAUUUUUAAUAAAACGACGAAAAUAAGACAUUAAGCCUAAGAAUCUCUGUACCGCCUUUUUAGUCUGUGGUAACGGAAACUUUUCAACGGCUUUUGUUUUAACUUCACUCGGUCUAAUGGUGCCAUUUUCAAUAGUAUAGCCCAAAAAUUCUAUCUUCUUCUUAAGGAAUUGACAUUUUUCCCAUUUUAUCCUCAGUCCCUUAUCAGAAGCUAACUUUAAUACUUUUCCUAAUUUCUCUAGAGCUUCUUCUUCAGUUUUUGCUGGGAUUACUAAAUCAUCCAUAUAUGCAACAACUGUUCUAUCUCGAAUAUAGUUUAGUUUACGAUAAUCGCAACAAAGUCGUUUUGUGCCAUUUUUCUUUGAUACUAGUACAACAGACGAAGCGUAGUUUGAGCAACUAGGACGUAUUAUACCUUCAUCUAACCAUUGUGCGACUUGCUUAUCUAUGGUUUGUUGCUCCUCAUAACAUACCCUUCGUGGUGGUUGAUAAACUGGAACCUUGUCGGGAAGAAUAAUUUUCAUAUUCACUGGUGAACUAUCGUCUUUCUUUGGUAUAUACUGUUCUAUCUUUUGCUUCACCGCCUCUGCUGAUUUUUUAUUCAAAUGAGUUAAAUCAUAGUCUUGUUCAUUUAUAUCAACGUUAAAAUAUAUAUUUGAAAAAAUAUUAGUCAUCAAGUCAUCAUCGUUUGUUAAAUUAUCUUUGACUCUCAUUGUAUCAUUAAUCGGCCCAGACAACUUUUCUUUAAAUUCAACCCCAUUUUCACGAAACAACAUAUCGAAAUGUUUCAAUAUUAAAUUACCCAGAAUCACUUCGUAACUAAUGUCGGUUGUUGCUACUACAUGAAACGUCAGGUCAACGAUACUCUGAUAAAUUUCUACUUCUACGAGUAUAUCAAAGCUUCCUAUCGUCGAUAUUUUCGCUGCACCAAUAUCAAAUAACUGCUUUUGUUCCAUUGUUAGCUUUACAUAUCUGUUCAACUUAUUAAAUGUGUCGCAUCUCAUUGAACACAAGUUACAACCAGUAUCGAUAAGCCGCUCACUUCUACAUUACAAAUCCGUAUAUUUUUAAAUUUUAAAUUAAAUCUUGCAAGUUCGUCAAUUGAAUUAACACGACUGUGUUCUCGGUCAGUUUUCCCACCUUUUAUUACUUUACACUCAAAAGAUCUGUGUCCCAUCUUCUGGAACUUAAGGCAUUUGAAUUGCUUUGACGGAUAAUCUCUAGCUAUGUGCGAAGGUUCACUACAUUUAUAACAUCUUUUAUCGAUUCUUAAUGGUAACGAAUUCUCCUGUUUUAUUUUAUCAUGUAUAUCCGCUUUCUUCAGAUUUUCAACUUUUGGUUCCUGCUUGAUUUUUUCGUAAACUACUAACUGUUCUUUUAGUUCUGUCACAGUUUUGGCUUGGUAGAGAAUAGCUUUACUUUCCAUCAAAGCAUAUAGGUAUUCACGAUACGAUUCGCACGGCUCUUCUUCUUCUGUAUUUUCCCUAACACCUUAUGCACAUCGGCUGCUGAUAACUUAUUUCCGAAUUCAUUAGUUAGUGCUAAUUUUAAAGAAUUCCAAUCGCGCAACCCGGUUUGACUACCCACAUAAAUUUUUGCAGCACCCCUCAAUAACUAUUUCGUAUAAACGAAUUUUUGUACAUAAUUCCAAUUUACUAUUUCUGCAAUUUCUUCUAUUUGUUCGAUCCAUUUCUGUAUAUCAGACGUAUCUGUUCCAUCAAAAGUAGAAAGGCUUUCUUCAAUAUCUUUAAGCGUGAAAUGUGAACAACCUUUAGGUGCAGAUGGUUCAGUCCGUUUUUGUAUCGCAUUCAGACUGAUUGGACUGACAAUCGCUCUCUUCAUUUUCGUCAUCGUCACCGUCGUCAAUCAGGCCUAAAUGUUGGAGAAGUCUUUCCCUCAGUUCAUGUUUCCGUCCACUUACUCCUAGUCCCAAUUCCCUUAGUUUGUCUUUUACUCGUAAAGUCGUCACUGUCAUUUUUUAAAUAGCGUCUGCAUCCAUGUUUACAACAUUAAAAUAUAUGUUAAUCAACUAUAUAAAAUACGUACGUAUAAAGUCAUUUAAAAAUAUAUCUUAGUUUAAGACAGCUUAAGUAUUUUCUUUAGAAUUACAUCAAAAUUAUUUUGUAGGACAACUGAUAAUUCGAACAGA